CUUUUUCUUUUUUUCUUCUAUUUUCUUGACAUGCAACGUAAGUCGUUAUGGGGAUCUUAUAAAGCUAUACCUCCCAAGACAAGAAUAACCCUCGGUCUCGCUGGCAUGGUAUUUGCUACUGCAGGCAUGUAUUUCGCAGACUAUAUUGAACAAAAGAAACCAGCAACUGAACUCGAAAAACAAGAGCUUGAAAUAAUGUCUCCCAUUGUGGUUGUUGACCGCCCAUCAAAAUAAUAAAAAUCAUGCGUACACACACA